AUGGUCCUCCAGGAUCUUGGGCGGCGUAUUAACUCCGCCGUCAAUGAUUUGACGAGGUCUAGCAACCUCGAUGAGAAAGCAUUCGAUGACAUGCUGAAGGAGAUCUGCGCGGCUCUCCUGUCUGCCGAUGUUAACGUCAAACUCGUCCAAACCCUCCGCAAGUCGAUCAAGUCCAGUGUGAACUUCUCUCAGAUCCCCGCCGCCGUCAACAAGAAGCGCCUCAUCCAGAAGACUGUUUUCGAUGAGUUGGUGGCACUGGUUGAUCCUCAUGCGGACCCCUUCCGCCCCAAGAAGGGCCGGCCUAAUGUGAUCAUGUUUGUUGGUCUGCAGGGUGCCGGUAAGACGACAACUUGCACCAAGCUUGCUCGCCACUACCAGACGCGCGGGUUCAAGACGGCGCUAGUCUGCGCCGAUACAUUCCGUGCCGGUGCUUUCGAUCAGUUGAAGCAGAAUGCCACAAAAGCCAAGAUUCCUUACUACGGUAGUCUGACCCAGACUGACCCCGCUGUUGUCGCCGCCGAGGGUGUCGCGAAGUUCAAGAAGGAGCGAUUCGAUAUCAUUAUUGUUGAUACCAGUGGUCGACACCGUCAAGAGGAAGAGCUGUUCACCGAAAUGACUCAGAUUCAAACCGCUGUCACUCCUGACCAGACAAUCCUGGUUCUCGACAGCACAAUUGGUCAGGCUGCCGAGGGCCAGUCGGCCGCUUUCAAAGCUACUGCAGACUUCGGUGCUAUCAUCAUUACCAAGACCGAUGGUCACGCUGCAGGUGGUGGUGCUAUCUCUGCCGUUGCUGCUACCCACACUCCCAUUAUUUUCUUGGGUACUGGUGAGCACAUGAUGGAUCUCGAGCGGUUUGAGCCUCGCGCAUUUAUCCAGAAGCUUUUGGGUAUGGGUGAUGUCGCUGGUCUGGUUGAGCACGUUCAAGCUAUCACCAAGGACUCGGCCGGUGCCAAGGAAACCUACAAGCAUAUUGCCGAGGGUAUCUAUACAGUUCGUGAUUUCCGCGAGAACAUCACCUCGAUCAUGAAGAUGGGCCCUCUAUCCAAGCUGUCCGGCAUGAUUCCCGGCCUGUCGAACCUGACUCAAGGCCUCGAUGAUGAGGAUGGAUCACUGAAGCUCCGCCGCAUGAUUUACAUUUUCGACAGCAUGACCGCCGCCGAGCUGGACAGUGAUGGCAAGAUGUUUGUUGAGAAGCCCAGCCGCAUGGUCCGUAUCGCCCACGGCAGUGGUACUACUGUCCGUGAGGUGGAGGAUCUCCUUUCCCAGCACCGCAUGAUGGCCGGUAUGGCCAAGAAGGUCGGCGGCCAGAAGAAGCAGAUGCAGCGUGCACAGAACAUGCUCAAGGGCGGCAACAACCAGCAGCAACUCGCCGCUAUGCAGAAGCGUAUGGCUGCCAUGGGUGGCGGCGGUGGAAUGCCUGGCAUGCCCGGUAUGGGCGAUAUGGCUAAGAUGAUGCAGAUGAUGGGUGGAGGCCAGGGUGGUGGCGGCGGUAUGCCUGGACUUGGUGGUAUGGACUUGCAAAGCAUGAUGAGCCAGAUGGGUGGGCUGAUGGGCGGAAUGGGUGGAAUGGGCGGCGGUGGAGGUGGUGGCCGUGGACGCGGACGGUAG